AUGGACCUGAUGGGCUUCUCAAAUAAACAGAGGGAUGUUCUGAGAGUGCCAUGGAGACGCAGUGUUACACAUUUAGCAUCUGCAGAUGAGUCCAGUCUGGGAAGCUACCUGUUAUGUGCUAAUUCAUCCACUUCACCCAAUACUCCAGCUUCUGUAAAUUCUCUCAGGCCAGCUGAUGUGUCUGUGGUAUCAGCACUGGUUUUGUCUGAUACGGAAAGAUCUGAUGAAAUUAGAGCCCUAAACAGACUGUCAGAAAUAUUGAUGACUUUUAACCCUGAUGUGUCAACUGUGCUACCUGACCAGAGGAUUUUUAUGGAUAACACAGAGGAUAUUAUGCAGUCUCUCAGCCCCACUCAGUGGAAGCUCCUCCUGCUCUUUGUACCAGUCAAUGAGCUCUGUGUGUGUCCAGGCCAGGACCUCAAAACAGUCAUUGAUAAAACAGUGGGCAGAGUAGAAAAGGAACUAGACGACCUUCACAAAAAGUUGAAAAACACACUGGUUCAUGUUGUUGUGUGGAGUGGACUGCCAAGUGUUGAAUCUCAUAGCCGAGUGUGCCAGUGCCAGUGUGAGGAGGGAUACAAUGAAAAUAGACACAGGCUGGAUACAAUAGUGCUUAUGUCUUCCUUACAGGAGUCAAUUGGUGCUCUUCUAGAGAGGAGAGACUGGUUCAGUGACCGUGAGGAUUUCAGCGUAAUGCUUCAGUCCACUCCAGUGUAUGCAGAUCACAGUCCUUCAGUGGAUAAAUCUAGUAGAUCUGACUCAUAUGACAUAAGUAUAUUGGCUUUACAACUCUGGACAAAUUUGCUGCAGCCAAUGGUAAGCGAGGCUGAGUUGGAGGGGAGGGGCUUUUUCAGCAUUCCUUGCCCUACUGAGGAAAGGCCGUACUUGCGCACACAGCUAAACUCUCAGCCUGAGCUCAGAAUCUUAGAUCCUUCUCCACUUCUAGAUCCAGUUAUGGGGACUGAGUUCACCUGUGAGGACAAGACACCAUCCCCCACCAUCCCCACAUCAGUCCACACCCUGCGGCCAGCAGACAUAAAAGUGGUGGCAGCGAUGGGGGACUCUUUGACGGCAGGCAAUGGGGUGGGUGCAGCGCAAAACAACCUCCUGGGUGUGUUCACAGAGUAUCGCGGACUGUCAUGGUGUAUUGGAGGAGAUGAGAACCUUACAACUGUGACCACUUUAGCAAAUAUUCUGAAAGAGUUUAACCCUUCACUCACUGGCUACUCACUUGGACGAGGAAGUGAGAAUUCUAAACAGAGUUUUCUGAACCAGGCGGUUCCAGGAGCCAAAGCCGAUGAUAUGGCCAAUCAAGCUCGUGCUGUCAUUAAAAGAAUGAAAGAAGACUCGCGAAUUGAUUUCCAAAACGAUUGGAAGAUUAUCACCAUCUUCAUUGGCGGAAAUGACCUAUGUGCCCACUGCUCUGAUACCCUAUAUUAUUCUCCUGAUAACAUUGUGAAGCGCAUACGUGAGGCUCUGGACAUAUUACACAGUGAGGUUCCUCGUGCUUUGGUGAAUCUUGUGGAGCUCCUUGAUAUAGUUCCACUGCGCCGCAUGCAUCAGGACCCCAGUCUCGGCUGCCCUACCCGGCUGGUCAAUAUGAUGUGCCGCUGUGUCCUGAAGCCUAAAGAUGGAUCUCGGGAAUUCCACAUGUUGCAGGAUUUCAACAAAGCCUAUCAGCGUGGAAUGAGGGAGUUAGUGGAGUCCGGGCAAUAUGACACACAUGAUAACUUCACCGUGGUCCUGCAACCAUUCUUUAGAAACGUGUUUCUCCCCGUGCUGGAGGAUGGAAAGCCUGACCGGUCCUAUUUUUCUCCAGAUUGCUUUCAUCUCAGUCAAAAAGCUCACACUCUCAUGGCUCGUGCUCUCUGGAACAACAUGCUGGAGCCUUUAGGUAAUAAGACAGAUAGUCAAGAUUUUACUGCAGGUAUGUCUCUUCAAUGCCCUGAAAAGUCCGUCCCCUACUUGAGGACCUAUCACAACAGCAAUUACACAUAUGAAACCCCGCCUCCUCCUCCUCCACCUGUCACAAAUUGGGGAAGCGAUUUCUCAUGUGUGGACACAGCACCCUCUGACACUGUGCCAACAUCUGUUCACAGACUGCGACCAGGUGACAUUAAUGUGGUGGCGGCUGUGGGAGAUUCACUUACUGCUGGUUUUGGUGCAAAAGCUAACAACAUUCUGCAGUUGCUGGAUGAGGAGCGAGGGGUUUCCUGGAGCAUUGGUGGGGAUGAUCAUUUGGAGACAGUCACCACACUGCCUAAUAUCCUUAAGAAAUUCAAUCCAAAUGUUUUCGGCUUCUCAAAGGGGAAGGAUAAACCGCCAAACGGCUUCAAUAUGGCAGUGAGCGGCGCCAAAGCAAAUAAUAUACCAGUACAAGUGAUGGAUCUUAUCACGGCUUUAAAGAGCAGCACGAAUGUGGACUUUGAAAGGGACUGGAAGCUGGUGACACUGUUUAUCGGAGGAAAUGACCUUUGCCAGUACUGUCUUGACCGGGACUCUCUAUCCCCUCAUAAGUACAUCGGUUACAUCAGAGACAGUCUGGACAUGCUGUACAAUGAGGUUCCCAAAGUGCUGGUAAAUUUUGUGCAAAUCUUAGAGAUCAAGGAGCUGCGUAAAAUAAAGAGAGACACACUGGGCUGCAGCCUCCUGCAAGAGAACCUGUGCCCAUGUUUUUUGAGUCCCGGUGAGAACUCACCAGAACUGAGUGAAAUGAACAAGAUCAACAGGGAUCUGCAGACGGAAACCGAGAGGCUGGUAUAUGGGGGUCGUUAUGACAAAAGAGAGGACUUUGCAGUGGUGUUACAGCCCUUCUUCAAGAACUCUAUUGUUCCAAUGAUGGGGGAUGGCACACCAGACAUUAGCUUCUUCUCUGCAGACUGCUUUCAUUUCACUGAGCGCGGACAUGCAGAGAUGGCUAUCUCACUCUGGAAUAACAUGCUGGAGCCUAUAGGGAGCAAACAAACCUACAAUAAUUUCACAUAUGACCGUAGUAAGAUCCAUUGUCCCACAAAGGAACAUCCAUUUAUCUUUACACGGGUAAACAGCAUGAACGAUGACUCUGACGUCUCUACCACUUCCAUACCCACCACAGUGGCACCAGGCACCCCGCUCCCUAUAGACUGCUCAAAGGAUUUAGUGCCAGCCUGGGCAGCCGCCAUUCUGGCUGUAGUGGGUUUGCUAAUAGGUUGGGUUGUAUCCUGGAUAUUCUUUUACUACAGAGAACGAAGGAACAGGAGGAAAAAACAGAGCGCCUGUGAAACUGAAAUGAAAGGAACUAGUUUCUGAUGAGACUUUUAGGCAAAUUGUGAAAGGAUUUUUAACAAGGCAACACAGACACACUUUCUUUAAUGUAAAGCAAUGUAAAGUGUACAGAUUUAUUGUUUUAAAUGAUCUAUAUUAUAAAUCCAUACUUGUGUAAAAUAAUUGUGUAAAUAAUAUAAGUGCAUAAUAUACAUAUGAUUAUUGACACUAUAAUGUCA